AGUCAUAAAAUGGAGCAAAACUCACCUGACUUAGCAAUAUAAAGUAUGGCCUCAAUUGUGAUCAUAAAUCAUGGACUACCUGUAAACUACUUUUUUUGUUUAAGUUCUUAUUGCAUGCAUAUGUAGGGGUAAUCUUUUUUUUAAAGAAAACUUCAAUUUAAUAAAGGAUGAAGAACUGAUUUGGGAGCAACUAAUUAUUAUUUUUAUUUCUCUUUAGAAAUACCAGGUAAAGCAGGAUAUAGAUAUAGAGGGAAAAAAUAAUGUCUGAAUUUGAGUUUUAUCCUCUCUUACUAUUUCCUGAUCAGCAUGACUACAAUAAUUAGCUAACCAAUUGAAUUCUUCACUGUAAGGAGCAAAAUAACAUCCCCUUGUUUUUAAUUUAAAAUGUUCAACUUUUCAACUCCAAAGCUUCCAAUUUCAUUAGGCUCCCAAGAGCACCUUAAAGAUGAUGUAGCAGCCUCAUGACUUAAAAUGGUUGAGUUCUCCUGGUACACUGAAUCAUAAACUAGCCAGUUAUAUUUUAGCCAGCAUAUUAUGUACACUGAGCAUGUUACAUACACUGAGAGAGGUUGAUAAAGGGAGAGAUGUAUUUAGUUUAAACAACUGCAGACUGCUGCAGUUUAAUGUUCUAAAGCACCAUUUUGUCUUUGAAAUUGAAGGGUAUAGCCCUACCUUUUAAAAUGCCUAUUUUAAUUGGCAAAUGUAUGCAAACUAAAGGUAACUCUUUUAAGCUACAACAUUCUAGUAAGCUGUAUGAAUUUCUUGGACUAGAGUGAAUAUAACAUACUGCAUGUUUCAGAAAGUGAUGGAAAAAGAUGGAAAAUAAACUUAGUAUAAGGUAUGGUUAACAUCAGCUGUUAAAACUACAGGUAAUCCUCGACUUACAACAGUCCAUUUAAUGACCAUUGAAAGUUACAACGGCAAUGAAACAAAUGAGUGAUGGCCAUUUUUCACAUGGAUAUUGCAACGUCUCCAUAGUUACAUGAUUGAAAUCUGUGGCAAGAAAGGUCAUAAAAUGGAGCAAAAUUCACUUAACAUGUCUUGCUUAGCAACAGAAAUUUGGGCUCAAUUGUCAUAACUCAAGGACUACCUGUGCAAGACUUCUAAAAGAGGCAGUGCUGUAAUAUCUUCUUAAGAAUAAAUACAGAAUAUAUGAGGUUUUUAAAAUAUGGUGUAUUUGAUUUGUUUACUGUCUAAGUGAUUUCAAAGGCUGUGCAGCACUUCAGGUUUGAAGGGCAAAAAAAGUUCUUUAAAAAUGCUCAAGUGUAUGUAUAUAGCACUUGUCAACAACUUAAAGCAGCAUUUUUAGUUGUAAUGGAAUAACCAUUAUUGCUUCAUAGUAGUACUCAACAAACUUUAUUUCUAACAUGCAUUCUUUAUGCUACUGUAUACCUUUUUUCAGAUUCUAUGAAAUAGUAAAAAUGCAUGUUACAUACAAUCAUUUUUAUUUUAACACAUGUGGACUACAAGUACUUGUUAUGUUUGAAUUUGCAGGCUAUCUCUUGAAAUAUUUCAACCAUGACUAAAAGAGAAGCAGAAGAACUAAUAGAAAUAGAAAUUGAUGGAACUGAAAAACAAGAGUGCACUGAAGAAAGCAUUGUUGAACAGACUUACACUACUGCAGAAUUUGUAAGUCAGGCUAUUGAUAUCAAUGAACCAGUUGGAAACUUAAAGAAACUACUAGAACCAAGACUUCAAUGUUCCUUAGAAGCCCAUGAAAUCUGUCUCCAAGAUAUACAGCUGGAUCCAGACCGUAGUCUGUUUGAUCAAGGUGUCAAAACAGAUGGAACUGUGCAGCUUAGUGUCCAAGUAAUAUCGAGGCAAGGAAUGGACCCAAAGUUAAACAUCCUUGAAAUUGUAAAACCUGUCGAAACAGUUGAGGUAGUAAUUGAUCCAGAUGCCCAUCACACUGAAACUGAAGCACAUCUUGUUGAAGAAACUCAAGUAAUAACAUUAGAUGGAACUAAACAUAUUACUACCAUAUCUGAUGAAACAUCAGAACAAGUAACUCGAUGGGCUGCAGCAUUGGAAGGGUACCGUAAAGAACAAGAACGCUUAGGAAUACCCUAUGAUCCAGUACAAUGGUCAACUGAUCAGGUACUGCAUUGGGUUGUAUGGGUGAUGAAGGAAUUUAGCAUGACAGACAUUGACCUCAAUACACUCAGCAUUCCGGGAAGAGAACUGUGUAGCCUCAGCCAAGAAGAUUUCUUCCAAAGAGUCCCUCGGGGAGAAAUCCUAUGGAGCCAUCUGGAACUUCUUCGAAAAUAUGUACUAGCCAGCCAGGAACACUCUGGAGAAAUAGCAACAGUUACUAUUGAUCAACCUGUGCAGAUUAUUCCAGCUUCAGUUCAGUCUUCUACUCCAACCACCAUUAAAGUAAUUAAUAGUAGUACAAAGGCAGCAAAAGUACAAAGAGCUCCAAGGAUUUCAGGGGAAGAUAGAAGUUCACCUGGUAACAGAACAGGAAACAAUGGUCAGAUCCAGUUAUGGCAAUUCUUGCUUGAGCUUCUGACUGAUAAAGAUGCCCGAGAUUGCAUUUCAUGGGUUGGUGACGAAGGAGAGUUUAAACUAAAUCAACCAGAACUAGUUGCCCAAAAGUGGGGACAACGUAAAAAUAAGCCUACAAUGAAUUAUGAAAAACUCAGUCGUGCUUUACGGUAUUACUACGAUGGUGACAUGAUCUGCAAAGUACAAGGCAAAAGGUUUGUAUACAAGUUUGUAUGUGACUUGAAGACUCUCAUUGGGUACAGUGCAGCUGAACUGAAUCGGUUGGUGACAGAAUGUGAACAAAAGAAACUGGCAAAGAUGCAACUGCAUGGGAUUACACAACCGGUCACAGCAGUUGCAUUGGCUACAGCAUCUCUGCAAACAGAAAAAGAGAACUGAGGACUAGGACCUAAAAGCUUGACAACAUUCUUUUACACUUAGCAGUUUCUGGUUUUAAAAUUAGAACUGCAUCUAUUAAUUGGCAAUUCAAUAUGAUGCAUGAUUUUCUACAAGGAACGCUCAUAAAUUAGGGCCUUUUUCACUUAAAAAUGUGUUUCAUGAAUGUUAAGGGCACUCCACAGGUUCAUGCAGGUUGUAGUAAAGAGUUUGGGAAUUAUAAGCAAAUUGAAGAUCUGUUGGUAUUAUGUUGUGCUACAUUGCUUAUUUUUUUCAGAGCUUAAAGCAUUCACAUAUAGAACAGUCAGAUUUUUUUUAAAAAAAAUGGUGUCUGCACUUUUUCAGAUGCUGUGUUAAUUUCUAAAAUUAGAACAGCUUGUUAGAGCUAUCCUCAUAACUUUAAGCAUGACAGAUUGUAAGAAAAAAUUGAUAUAAAGGUGUUUUCUUUGCCCCUUAGCAAGAAGAAAAGUAACUGCUGAAAAGAGAAAUCCAAAUUUAAUGCCAAUAAGCCAAUUAUGAGUAUUUUGAUAUCUGUAGAUAAAUGUGUAUUUGAGGAGAAAAUGCUUAACUAUCUUGAGAAAUUUUGUUAAGCUUAAUGUCUGGCACAAAAAGGAUUUCCACAUUUUUAUUGUAGGAAUUAAAAACUUGAAAUUUGUCUCUCAUCCAAAGAAUAAAUUUGCUUUGUUUAAUCUACACUGCAGAGUAUAUCAGCUGUUUCUGCUUUUAUACUUGCACUGUAAUUAUUUUUCAACUGAAGACUUAAGUUAAUCACAGAAAGAAACCCCUUCUUGUUGAGUAACAGAAUUAAAGAAUGGAGUUUGAUUUCCCUAAGUUAUAUAAAUGGCUGUGUCAAAAAAUACUUUCUUUAAAUUACUUGGUUUCCAAGCUUUGUUUUAAUGCUUUGGAAAUAAAAAAAAAUAUUGAAAAAAAACCCCAAUAGUCCUGUAAAUUUAAAAUAUUUUUAAAAAUUAUACCCAGUUGAAAUCCAGAAAUGCUGACAAUAGUGCACUGUUUGCGCCUGUUUUUUGUUUUUUUGUUAACUUAUAAAAUCUGGGAAACACAUUCAAGGGUAUAUUUAUUACUCUUGGUUAGUUUGGUAUAAAUAUUAUGAAUUAAGGCCAUUAAAAGUUAUGGUUUACUUAAUCAAAAAUGUAGCCAAGUUGAACAGAAUAUUUAUCCUUUAUCAACAAUUAACUUAGUUGAAUAUCAUCUUUCAUAAGAAGCAAUGAUCAUACAACAUGGCUUAGUUCUAAGGACCCUAAUCUUAUAGAUGCUGUUACUUUAACAGCUCCACCAGUUUCUAAGGUAUAAUUCAUGGUUUUAUUUACUCAUUUUCAAGUUACUAAAAAACAUACAGGGAUAUAUUGUAGUGUUUAAGGAUCAUUUUGGGCAAAGAAAGCAUGUAAUCUUGUGGCCAGUUAAAUCCAAUUCACUCUGAUGUGUAAUGAAUACAAAAUAGUUUAAAUUCUAUAUUAUAUUUUUCCUUUUUCUUCCGCAAUCUGUACAAUAAUUAUAAAGAAUUGUUCAUUUGAAAUAUAUUAUUAAGAAUUCAUAUUUUGUUUUAGCAUCACUCUUUCUAUGCCAAUAUAAGAUUUAGGAUUGUUACUGCAUAACAAGCAACAUAGCUCAGAUUACUCAUUCAUAUUUAUAAAUCUGUUUGAGUCAGAUUACUCUGAUCACAAAUUAGUUAAUGCUAUUAUAUUCUCUCAGCUAUGCAUAUUCUAGAAUAAGCCAUAGUAAGGAACAUGGCAUAUGGCCUCUCUUUUAUAUACAUUGAUUUUUUUUCCAGAAUUUUGAAUUUUCAUUGUAUUUCUUUUAGAAGUUUGCUGCACUUGUUACAUUUGUUCCAGUUUAUAGUGCUGAUGUAUGUUAAGCCUUGCUUAUAACAGAACCACGGAAAGGAUAAAAUAAGUUAGAAAUAUUUUGUUGUAUUUCUUGUGAGGGACAAUCUGUGACUAAUUUGAGGUCUUCAGUACAAGGGUAUGGAAUAUUAUAUGUGAAAUGGCAUUGUGUGGCUGUCAGAAGAAUAAUAUAGAUCGUAUAUUCCCAAAUUUUUGUAAAAUAGAGGGUUUGCAUACAUUUUUACUCUUCAAGGACAUGUGCUCUAAAAUUAUGUAUUUCCUUUUGUGUUGAAUGUUUUGGUAAUUUUACAUGAAACAAUUAUUUUCUAUUUUUACGCUAAAAUAUUUGUGCAUAAAAUUGUCAAUACAGUAAAAGUAAAAAAAUAAAAUAAAAUUUUACACAGCA